UUUAUUGUACAAGAUGACGAUGCUGACGAUGAAUUGGGUGAUGAUGAUGAUGGUACAAUGGAAGAAAGCACUUCAUCAGGCGAAUUUUCUGAUAGCGAUGAACUGGAGGACGAUGAGCAAGAGGCUGCUGAUGUUUCUGGUGAAAAUGAUUAUAAGAAGGCACAUCGGGCAGAAAGUACUGGAUAUUUGGUUCUUAAGCUUCACUGCUAUUAACGUUUUUCUUGAAAAAAAAAAGCAUAUCAGAUCGUUCAUUUAUUCGAGAGGGCAUAUUUACAAUGAUCCCUGGGAUAGUCACUGUAAAGAUUCGGUGUCAGUUUUGCUGUGUACACGGUUGGCGCAGCUAUACCAGGCCCUUUGA